AUGCUUGGACUGGCGAAGAGAGUCGGUGCACGGUUCUUGCUAACGAGCACCAGUGAGGUGUACGGCGAUCCUCUGCAACACCCUCAAGUGGAAACCUACUGGGGCAACGUCAAUCCAAUCGGUGUCAGAAGCUGCUAUGAUGAGGGAAAGCGUACUGCCGAAACACUGACCAUGGAUUAUCACAGAGGUGCUGGCGUCGAGGUUAGGAUUGCCAGAAUAUUCAACACAUAUGGUCCUCGAAUGUGCAUUGACGAUGGCCGAGUUGUCAGUAACUUCGUUGCUCAGGCGCUUAGGAAAGAACCGAUGACUGUUUAUGGAGAUGGAAAGCAAACAAGAAGUUUUCAAUUCGUUUCCGAUUUGGUGGAGGGUCUAAUGCGUUUGAUGGAAGGUGAACACGUAGGCCCGUUUAAUCUUGGAAAUCCCGGUGAAUUCACCAUGCUUGAACUUGCUCAGGUGGUCCAGGAGACGAUCGACCCUGAUGCAAAAAUAGAGUUCAGGCCAAACACGGAGGACGACCCACACAAGAGGAAGCCAGACAUCACGAAGGCAAAAGAUCUUUUGGGAUGGGAGCCCAAAGUGGCACUUCGGAAAGGGUUGCCGAUGAUGGUGUCGGAUUUUAGGCAGCGGAUAUUUGGUGACCAUAAUAAGGACCAGGCUGCUACUGCUUAAGGAUUAAGUAAGGUAUAGACAGAGAGAGAAAGAGAUAAACUUUAAUUGGUUCGCUCACAACAGUAGGAUAGGUGAGGAACGAGCUCUCGUGAGUGCCCAAUAUUUGUAUUCUUCAGAUUUAAGUGUAUUUUAUGUUUAUGGUUUUUCCAUUUACUAAUAUUUUAUGUAGACAACAGGGACAGCUUCGACGUUGUAUCACCUUCAUUUAUAUAUUUUCAUACAUAAAAA